CCGAAAGACAAGGCUGCGCCCGGGUUCCGGUCCGCAGGGAGACCGAAGGGCACCGCUCCUCGCGCUUCCCGGAGCCCCGGAGUGCCGACCCCCCAGGGAUGUGAGUGCGCCCCCGACCCGAGGCCCGCGCUCCACGCCCCGACCUGCGGCCCGCGCCCGGAGGACCUCCGCCCACAACCCCCGCGCCUUCCCGAGGCCCGCCUGGAGCAUGCUGCCCGCAGCCAUGAACGGCCUCGGCCUGGUGCUGCUGGCCGCCCUGCUGUGCUCUGCGCCCGCUCAUGGCCUGUGGUGCCAGGACUGCACCCUGACCACCAACUCGAGCCACUGCACCCCAAAGCAGUGCCAGCCGUCGGAUACAGUGUGCGCCAGCGUCCGGAUCACCGACCCCAGUAGCAGCAGGAAGGAUCAUUCCGUGAACAAGAUGUGCGCCUCAUCCUGUGACUUCGUGAAGCGACACUUCUUCUCAGACUAUCUGAUGGGCUUCAUUAACUCUGGGAUCUUAAAAGUGGACGUGGACUGUUGCGGGGGAGACCUGUGCAAUGGGGGGCCGGGGGCGGGGGGCAGCCCCUGGGCCCUGGCGGGGGGCCUCCUGCUCAGCCUCGGGCCUGCCCUCCUCGGGGCUGGGCCCUGAGGCCCUCUCCCUCCUGCAGGGCUCUGAGCUUCCUCCCUGGAACCUGGCCCUCGCCCCUCCCUGAGCCAUGAGGCUUCCCUCUCUUCACCAGCUCUGAGUCCGGGCCAGCAGGACGCCUCUAGGAAACCCGGUGUCUGCAGGAGGCCCCGGGGGGUGUGGGCUGGGGACUGGGACCCCCAGGUCUCCGAGGGGAAGCCAGGCAGAACCAGGCCCAGCCCAACCGAUGGCUGCGAGGGCAUCUUCCGCAGAGAAAUAAACUCACUUCUGGUCCAGA